AUGGCAGUUUCAGAGCCAAGACCUUCAUCGCUUACAACCUCACUUGGUCAUCGCAAUUCGCUCUCAUUCAUGAAUCAACCAUGCUACUUAUCCUCCCAAACAUCAACACCAACCAUCAGGCACUUAUCCUUCAACCCCAUUGCUUUCUCUCAAAAGAAAAAUUCUGAUAUGCAAUUUCAGAAAGAUUGGGUCCGACCUUUCAUACUUUGGUGGCUCAAAGUUAAACACGUGUCUAAUCCGAACAAUGAUGAUUCCAAAUUGGUGAGGGGGGAAGAACAUAGUCCAUUUGGAGUGAGUGAGUUGGUCUAUAUAAGCAUAUGCCCUAGUGUUUUACAGAUCAUAUCACCACAAACACUUGAAUGUCUGCAAUUGCAAUCAUGGCAGUUUCAGAGCCAAGACUUUCAUCUCUCACAUCCUCAUUUGGUCAUCGCAAUCAACCAUGGAACUUAUCUUCCCAAUCAUCAACACCUACCAUCAUGCAAUUAUCCAUCAACUCGAUCCCCUUCUCUCAAAAGUUUGGAGCAACUUAAAGUAAGGAGCCAGGGGGUGUUGCUAAACUCAAGUGAUUCAUUGAGGACAUUGAAGUUGAUUGACACCAUACAGAGGCUAGGAAUUGAUCACCAUCUCGAAGAAGAGAUCAAUUUACAACUUGGAAGAUUAGGAGAUUGUAACAUUCCUCAAGACCUCUGUGCCACAGCUCUUCAAUUUCGCUUGCUAAGACAUAAUGGCUGGUCUACAAGUUCGGAUGUUUUCAAUAACUUUUUGGACAAAAGUGGGAAUUUCAAGGAAUCAGUCACCGGAGACAUUUGGGGCAUGCUAAGUUUGUAUGAGGCAUCAUAUUUAGGUGCAGAAGGAGAAUAUGUACUACAACAUGCCAUGGAUUUCUCAAGGACUCAUCUGCACCAGUCACUACCACACCUAAGUCCUGAAGUAAGAAGUGUAGUUGUUGACGCGUUAUCACUUCCAAGACAUUUAAGAAUGAACAGGUUGGAAGCAAAAAAUUACAUGGUACAAUAUAGUCAAGAAAGCACCCAAAUUCCAGCUCUUGUAGAAUUGGCAAGGUUAGACUAUGACAUGGUUCAGUCUAUGCACCAAAAAGAGUUAGCUGAGAUCUCAAGGUGGUGGAAAAGUUUAGGACUUAUCGAAAGACUUGGUUUUGGAAGAGACGGACCAAGAGAGUGUUUCCUAUGGAUGUUGGGAGUUUUUCCAGAACCACGUUAUUCACAUUGUCGUAUUGAACUUGCAAAAGCUAUUUGCAUUUUGCAAGUUAUAGAUGAUAUGUUCGACACGUAUGGAACAUUAGAUGAACUUAUUCUUUUCACUGAGGCAGUAAAAAGAUGGGAUAUUGAUGCAAUGGAAGAACUACCUGAAUAUAUGAAGUGGGUAGACUUAUUAGAAGCUUAUCUAAAAGAAGCCAAAUGGUUCAGCAACGAAUAUGUGCCUUCUUUUCGAGAAUAUUUGGAUAAUGGGGUGAUUUCUUCAGGAUCAUACUUGGCCUUAGUACAUGCCACUGUCCUCAUUGGGGAUAACCUCUCAAAAGAAACCAUUUCCAUGAUGAGUCCAUAUCCAAGCCUCUUCACUUGUUCUGGGGAAAUUCUUAGGCUUUGGGAUGACUUGGGAACCUCAAAGGAUGAACAAGAAAGAGGUGAUAAUGCUUGCAGCAUACAAUGUCUCAUGACAGAAAAUGAAAUUUUAGAUGAAAAUGUUGCAAGAAAACAUAUAAGGCAACUCAUAUGGAACUUAUGGCCAGAGAUGAAUGGUCUUGCUAUGACCACAACCACUCUACCUUCUUCUGUUGUGAAGGCUUCUCUCAACAUGGCUAGAACUUCUCAGAUUAUUUAUCAGCAUGGAGAUGAUCAAAACAUGCUUGCAGUUGAUGAUCUUGUACAAACAUUACUAUUUCCACCUUCUGCAAAUUAUCGGGAUGAAAGUGAUACCCGAAAACUCUCAGAGGUAAAGGAUGAAGUGGUUCAUGAGGGAAUAAAAUGGAAUGAGAAUCCCUCCGACGCAUUUCCGGAGCUUCUGAGUGUCUUUAGAGUGUUUUUAGAGCGUUUCGAGAGGUUUUUCCGACGCCGUGUAGAAUGA